CUCUGGGGCUCCCAGGUCCCACUGAGGUGUGUGCUGGACAAUAGGGCUGGGCAGAGUCUGAACACAAAAUAUUUCAGCUGAUGCUCAUGUUGCUGAAUUAACUUGGCCUUGGCUAAACAAAGGAAUCAUUCACUCAUAGGAGAAUGACCCAGUUACAGGCUUGUGGCAAAGUUAUUUUGGUUUUUAGAUUAAAAGAAGAAAACCAAACUUUUAACUUGAGAGGAUUGGAGAUUUGAAGAGUGACCCUUGCAGUUCUGAUCCUGCAUCCCAGUCAGACACCAACCAACCAUUUCCCUUCCUGCUGCUUCCUGAUCCCUCUCAUUCCUCACUGACCUGCUCUGCAGGUUUUUAAUUGGUAUUAAUUUUUAUUACCAACUGAUUUCCACUGAAUUAUUUCUGGCUAUUGUUUAUCUUGUGCUGUGUAAAAUUGAAGUUACCAUGCCACAAUAUCCCAGGGGAGCACCAGAGCCCUGCCUGGCUGUACUGAGCAGCAUCUGGAGUGGGAAUUCAGUUCCAUAUCAAGUGCUGAAGGAUAAUUUACUUUUCAAGGGGCAGCUGGAGUGUCCCAGCUCUGGGACUGGGAGCUGAGCUGCUUCCAGAGGGCUCUUUGAAGUGCUGCUCACACCCCUCUCGGCCUGAAGGAGCCCUUUAACGGCUCAGGUUUCCAGGGACACUUGGAAAACCCUUUUAAAACCAGCAAACAUCCCUGCUGCUCUUUCCAGAUCCACAGUCCUACCCACCAAAACACAGGCAUGUUUUCAGCUGUGCCCUUGGAAGUUCAUCCACUCCAAUAACAGACCUGAGCUGACACUGGGCUGAACUCACAACCUCCUGCCACAGCCACGUUGCAAUAUCCCUGUUCAGGGGCUGCUGUUUGUCCUGACACUUUUGGAGCUCCAAGUGAAGGAGCUAAAUGGUUUUUCUUCUCCAUGUUAGAUGAAUGAAGCUCCUUUAAAUUCUAUUUUAUAAUGGAGUUUUUAAACGUUUCUGUGAUGAGUUUUUCCCCUUCCCUCAAGACAUUGCUGAAUUCUGGAUGCAGAAACCUCCACACUCAUUUGCUCAGUGAUCUGAAUCUCAACCAGAGGUGAUAAUCUAAAAUCCCAAAGCAUUUAAGAUACGUUAUUGUGUUUAUAUCUUAUUUUAUUCUAUUACCACUGACCAGGGGAUAUUUUGAGGCAAAUUGCCCAAUAUUGUACCAAAGUUUCCAUCGCACCAAUUUUGAAUUUCCAUUCCUUCAGCAGGGCCAAGUUUCCAGCACAAUGGAAAUAUGAAGAACCCCAGUUCAGCGAGCCUUUGGUGGGCAGUUGCCUAAUUAGCAGUGUGAAAUUUGGGUUAAGAUUUUGGGAAUUCACUCCUCUUUCCCCUCUGCAGCUGACCCAAGAUGACGACGGCCACGCCACUGACCAAUAACACUCAGCUCUCAGUGAAUGUGACCACAAAGUCCCAAGAACACAAUCUCUAUCAAAGCUCUGGAGCAAUAGUUGCUGCCAUCGUGGUGGGGGUGAUUGUUAUUUUCACAGUGGUUCUGCUCAUCCUGAAAACAUACAACAGGCGCAUGCGAGUGCGGCGGGAGCUGGAACCCAAGGGCUCCAAGCUGGCAGUGCCACCUCCUGUGGGGCACAGCAGCCACAGCCUGGCCCAGCAGCCCUCGGUGACCUUCAUCCCUGUGGACAUCCACCUGCAGAGCAGGUAACCAGGAGCUCCCUGCCAGAGAAGAGAUGGAAUUGUCACCCCGUGGAGCUGGGACUGCCCUGGGAGCAGCAGCCAGCUGGUGCUCCCUCUGUAAGGGGACACAAACCCUGGCUCCCUGCUUUGGGAGGAAACACCACAGGUCUGGACACUUUUGCAGUGACUGAAAUAACAGCUGGAGGUGUAGGAUGGCAGCGAGGCCUCCUCUGGGUCUGGGUAGACCAGGAAGAGAAGAUGCCCAGGUGUUGUGGAGCUUUUGCUCCCUCAGAGACUCUGCAUCCUCUGUGUUCUGCUGAGGAACUGGAGGGAAAGUCUGGACAUGCCCCAAACCCAGCUGGGACCUGAGUUUGUUACGAGUUACAUGCAAGAGGUUUGUGAAUUAUUUUAUACCUGAUGGGUACUACAGGAGGUAUCAAAAUUGUAUUUAUCUUUACUCCUAUUUCAUGUUUCUAAUCUCAAAUAUGUACAGGUUCUUAUUUUCAAGUAUUUUAAACUGUUUCUAUAAACUCUGUAACUCUCCAUUUCUGAAGGAACUCGGUGUCUGAGGGGUUUCACUCUCAAUCCAGGUUCAUGGCUGGAGCUGUGUUAGAGUGCUCUGUCUUACACAAAAUCUGAGUUCUUUAACUGACAAAAAUAAGCAUGGAAAUAGAAAAACCAGCUUGGACAGAGCAGGGGAGGCUCGGUGCAGCCCCAAUUGCCACUCACCCUGCAAGGCUUUGCUCUCUGGUGCAGCCCAACUAUUUUUAGCCAUUUUUUAUUCUCAAACCAAGCCGAAGUGAGGCUGUUUUGUGAGUGUGAGGGCUGUGGGUGUGCAGAGUGGCACAAAGGAAUUCCCAGGGACACUGAGAGCCCACGGGCUGGGAACACAGAGCACCAUUGUCACACACUCACUGCCAGAUUGUCUGAGAUUUUAUAGUUUGUACUUUUUUCCAAUAAGCUUGGAUCUCUUAAGCAGGUCAGUUUAACUAACUGCUAAUUUUUAUUGUGCAGAAACUAAAUUCAAUUACUUUGCCAUAUUCUUUUUUGGCUGAAACUGGAGCACGGUUUGGAUUCCAAACCAAAUAUUGAGACAGCUGUUUGUGAAGUUUCUGAAUCUCCUUGUGAAUAUUUCUCCUGUCCUGGUGCUUUACCUUAUUUUUUGUGGCAGGGAGAAUUGAUUUAAGAAUUCAAAAGGGACAGCUG